UGUUGGAGAUGUAGGUGUGAACGUGUGUCAGGUGAACAGACCCACCUUUGGACCCGGAAGAAGGAGAGAAUAACACACAGCUUCGUGAACAGAUGGAGCACAGAGAGCUGCAGCAGGAUCUGGAGGAUCAGUGGCAUCAGGUGGUCUCCAGGCUGCAGGGAAAGGUCUUCCAGUCGGACUGGGACAUCGCUUCCUUCGCAGUCUUCUUCAUCUUCAUCGGCAUGGUUCUGCUACUGGUCAUCCUGGUGUUGAUCCGCUGCUGCUGCUGCUGCUGCUGCUGUGAUGAUGAGAAGCCUCGCAGACACAAGGUGGGCAUAGAGAACAUGGCUCUGCAGCCCUGAAACCCCCCCCCCCCAGGUGCAUCCAGCACACACCACAUGAGGGUGGAUGGAACCAGAAGCAAAGCCUCUGUCUGACUCCUGUGCCAAAGCUUUGAUUUGAUGUCCCCUGUCUGUAAUAAAUGUAGUCAACGCGCACACAGAAGGAAUAGCUGUUGAACAUCUAAUUAUUUCCUCCUGUCUGCAGGGUUUACUUUUGGCACACAAGAGGAGCUGUGUCCUUUUCCUACUGCCUCUGUAGAUUUGUAAUCUCUUCCUUUUUUCCCUUCCGUAAUAACACAUCUAUGGAACUAAUAAUAAAAAGAUCAACUUA